AAUUUAUUAGUUACUUAUUGAGUAUAAAAUGGAUAGUCAAAAACCAGACAACGGCUGUCAUAAAGAGUCAAUUUUGGUCCGUGAGUUUAAGGCUGACGACAAGUCAGACGUGCUGCAAAUUUUUUCUGAAGGUCUCAUGGAAAUGGUGGCAGACACUGCGUUCAGAGGUUUGAGACAUCACCCAGAGAGUGUCCUGCUUUACACCGCUGCAACAGGUGAGACAACUCAGCUGUCGCUCAAUAUUAUUCAAAUUCUUUCAUAGUAACAUCCUAACUGAAACUGCUGUAUUUAUUUAGUAUGAGACCAGCUCUACACCAGUUAAAAACUGACUUAUUGUUACUUCCUGUUUUUGUCAUUCAUAACUUAAAAAGACAAAAGUUAAAGCUUUGUUCUCUUCAUACCUUUUUUUUUCCUCUGGCAGCUUUAUGUUUUGUCGUCACCAUGUGUUGGUGGGUGAUAGCACUCCUUCCAGCCACUGUGAUGUGUAUGCGCUACUUCUACAGCAGAUGUGUGAUCAGUGCUUACCUCAGAGAGGCCAUGAACAGCGACAUGGGAGACAUUGAGGGGUAUUACAUGAGUACACCAGGUUCCUGCCUGUGGGUAGCAGAGCUGAAGGACAAGGUGGUGGGUGUUGUAGCAGCAGCUGGCCAGUCGGGAGGAGCUGUUGAAUUGCGGCGGAUAUGCGUUGACCGGGGCUAUCGGAGAUGUGGAGUGGGCAUCAUACUGGGACAGACAGUUCUGGAAUUUGCUGAUGCGCACGGAUACUCUUCUGUCGUCUUGGGCACCACGGCCUACACUCCAGCCGCCCACCAGCUCUACCACAGCUUGGGUUUCAUUCGUGUGAGAAUGACCAACGGUUACGCCAUGCCGGGUGCCACACAGUCCUUACUGGAGCGCAUUUUCUACAGGGUCCACCACCAUCACUACACAAUAGACUUACAAAGCAGAAAGAACAUUUCCUCUGGUGAUUGCUGAAUAUGCUUACAGUGCAAAUGUACUACUCCAAUUUUCAGAAGUGCAUGAACUCUUUUGAAACAACCAUCUCUCCACUUCCUUUAAAAUCUGCUGAAGUAGCACUUAUCAUUAGGCUUAUUGUAACCAGCAUUGUGACUUUUGACAAAUUAAAUACUUCCUUAAAAAUUGUAUUUAUUUUAUUGACAUUUUUCUUUUUGAGCUUCUUUGUUGGCUAAUAAUAACUUAGUGAGCUGUAGCCCUGAAAAAUCACAGAAGCAUCUGUAGAAAUACAUGAAAAAAAGACAAUAAAGUCAAUUUGGUUUUUGCUAAUAUAUGUUUUGGUUUUAAGGAAGUAAGCCAUCCAUUUUCCUGACCGCUUCUUCCCUUUCGGGGUCGCGGGGAUGCCGGAGCCUAUCCCGGCUACUGUUGGGCGAAGGCGGGGUACACCCUGGACAGGUCGCCAGUCCGUCUCAGAAGGAAGUAAGCUUUCCAGGAAAUAUACUAAAUGCUAAAGAUAUGUUUUGGGGAUUCAAUGAUUUAUUGUUUUGACAGAAAUAGUUGUUGAUGUUAUCCUAGACACUGAUUUUUUUUAUAUGAACUCGACUCUUGUUUUCAAUUCUUGCAUUAUACAAUAAUAAACCUCUUUAACCACAUACACACAUUUAUUUCUGCCCAUUUGCUCAGAACUGUAAAGACACCAGCCUGAAAAUUUGUGU